AUGCCACGGGAGUCUUGGGUGGACAGCGAGUUGCACUUCAUGCCUCAUGGCUAUGGGCACCGGAUGGUCUCCAUGGUGCAGGUGCGCUACGCCUUGCAGUCCAGUAUCUUGCCCGAGAUGCGCACAGAUCUUGACAAAGAUGUCUUGGAUCGGGAGUGGCACUUGACCAGCCCUGUGGAUUUGCAACCACGGCACCUGAACCGGAGCAGCCGAUGCGAGUUCGAGUUGCCGACCUCUGCCGAGCUGCUGGAUGGCGGGGUCUACAUUUUUCAGGUGAGGCUGGGCAAUGGCAAGAACUGGUCGCAGUGGUCUCAUUCCUCCAAGCCUUUCAUUUUCCAGGUUCCUCCUCCUGUGGUGCCCACAGCAGCUUCCUUGAAAGCCCAGCGCACCGUGAACGUGGAGGUGAUGUCGGCAACAGCUGCCAGGGUGGUUUGGGGCGACUUCAAACCCGCCCCUGGCUUGACGAUGCUAGAGUACGAGGUGCGUGCCACACCUGAGAAGGGCACAGGCAGCUCUCAGGCAUUUCCGCCGCACUGGAUCACCUUUGAGCACCGCUACCGUGGAGGCUUUAUCGAGCACGAGCUCUUUAAUUUGCUGCCCUUCACCUACUACAUCUUUUCGGUUCAGGCCCGCUAUCCCAAGGUGGGCACCCGGGCCUGGUCGGGACAGCAGCUGAGCCAUCCCAUCAUCCUGGAACCUGCGGUCGCGUACCAGGAUCCGCCGACCCCACUGCCUGUGCCCGAGAGGGCGGAGGAGGAGGGUUCUGGAGAUUCCAUGAAUUGCUACACGAUUGUGGAGUUCCCUUGCGAGGAGGAGGACAUGCACUACGACUUGGAGUAUGCGCACGUCUUGGGAGAUGAGUUGGAUACUGCCGAGCUUCGCUCCAUCAACAGCCUCUGGCGGGCACCGGCCGAGGUGACCUUGCUUGAUCUGGGCCGGCCGGGCCCUUCGGGCGGACACCCACAACCACGCUGGCGCGUGCAGCUGCCAGACAUCCGGAAUUUGAGGGGUGAUGUUCUGAAGCUCGCAUUGCUCCAGCGGGUGCGCUUCCGACUGCGUGCCCGCAUCACGCCAGAG